AUGCAGUGUCAACUUUGGAUGGGCAGUUUGGAGCCGAAUAUGACGGAAAGUUUUAUAUUAGCAGCAUUUCAUAGGAUGGGACAGCAUCCGCUUGCUGUUAAGGUUAUGCGAAAUAAAUUUACUGGAGAACCGGCAGGUUAUGCUUUUGUGCACUUCCAGACAGAUGAAGAAGCAAUUGAUACAAUGCACAAAUUAAAUGGCAAACCAAUACCUGGCACGUUUCCUGUAGUUAGGUUCAGGUUAAAUACUGCAUCGCGAGAGGCUCGGGCCAACAUGCAACAGGAAAGAGAAUUUUCAGUAUGGGUUGGAGACCUCAGUCCAGAUAUAGAUGAUUACUCUUUGUACAGAGUGUUUGCAUCUAAAUAUUCAUCAAUCAAAACUGCCAAAGUAAUAUUGGAUAAUGCUGGUUAUACAAAAGGCUAUGGCUUUGUUAGAUUUGGGAAUGAGGAUGAACAAAGAAAUGCAUUAUACGCAAUGAAUGGUUAUACAGGGCUUGGGACUAAGCCACUUAAAAUAUGUACUGCAGUGCCUAAACCCAAGAGUGCUAUAACGACACAGGCCACAACACCCACUACAUCAAAUACAUCUUAUGCUUCAGGGACAGAGUACAAUCAGUACUAUGACCCAUCAGCAUAUUGGCAAAAUUACUCAGCAUGGUCAGGCUAUUAUGGACAGGGUGAGAAUACACAGGUAGCAGCAACAACUACACCAGUUGUAGAUACUGUCCAAGUUGCUGCAGCUAAAGCACAAAGUGAUGACCUUGUCCUUGUUGAACAUAAAAAAAUUAUUGAUGUGGACAAACUGAAUCAAGAAUUCCUAGAUCCUGAUCUAUCAUUGUGGGAUGCGCUGGAAGCUUCACAGUGGUGCCCACACGAAGUUAUAGAAGCAAACUGA